AUGGCAAGACCAAUUGACAUUAACAAAUUACUAGCUACCAAAAGCAAAAAGGAAAAUAUUACAGGAAAUGAAGUUAUAAGGAAGCCUAUUUCUUCACGGAACUCUACAAUAAUAUCUACCUCUUCAAAUCAAGCUAGUUAUCCUGGAGAUUAUGAGAACCUACAAUUCAAACCGAAGAAAAGGAUCGCCAUUGAUUCUGGGGAGAUGCCAUAUCAAAAUAAGGAUUCAAAUGUUUCAAAUCAUAUACCUAAGAAAAGGAAAUUUCAAUUUGAAUGGGAAGAGGAGGAAGAUUCAUCUAUAAAUUAUAAACCUAUAGUGAGCGUAGAAUAUAACAGGCUGUUUAAAAAUAUAAAUUCAUCAGAACUUGAUACCCUUGAGAGAGCUUAUAUUGGUAAGCAUUGGUCUGAAAAAUCAUGGGAAGAGAUGACAGAUCGUGAUUGGAGAAUCUUUCGUGAAGAUUUUAAUAUAAGUACAAAGGGAAGCAACGCUGAGCAGCCACUUAGAUAUUGGAAUGAAAAAGGAUUGAUGCCUGACAUUGUUUUAGAUAUAAUAAAGAAAGAGCUUAAAUUUGAGGAACCGUCAGCCAUCCAACGUGUUGCAAUCCCGAAUAUAUCCUCCAAGAAGACUCCAAAAAGAGAUUUUCUUGGAAUUGCAUCCACUGGUUCUGGUAAAACAUUGGCCUUUGUACUUCCUAUUAUUUGUUCCUUAAUAAAGUCUUCUCCAAGAAUACCUUUAUUAAAAAUUAAAAAUGGUCCUAAGGCCUUAAUAUUAGCUCCAACAAGAGAAUUAGCUCAGCAGUGUCAGCAAGAAGCUUCUAACAUUUUAAAAUAUAUAUUUGAAAGAGAUCCCUCUCUAAACUUUAAUUCAGUCUCUGUAAUAGGUGGGCAUUCAAUCCAAGAACAACUUCAAGAUUUGAGAAAUGGAGCUGAUAUAUUGAUUGCCACCCCAGGCCGUCUAAUUGAUGUUUUGGAAUCCCAUAUGACGGUGUUUAGCGAUCUCGACUUUCUUGUUCUAGAUGAGGCUGACCGAAUGGUUGAUUUAGGAUUUGAAGACCAAUUACUAACCAUUCUUACACAUAUACAAAAAGCAUCAACAAUCUUAAAUAUUCAAACUAUUAUGUUUACAGCAACGAUGUCACCCAAGAUUGAAAAAAUUGCGAAUCGGUAUUUAAAAAAACCUGUAUAUGCUACAAUUGGUAAUGCGACUUCAACAGAGCCUCAAAUUGAACAAAUUGUAGAUUAUGCAGCAAAUGAAGAUGUGAAAUUUAAAAAACUAUUAGAGUAUGUUUCCAAUUUUCCAUCACCGAUUAUUAUUUUUAUUAAUUAUAAACGAACUGCUGAUUGGUUAGUAGAUAAAUUUUACCAGGAAACAACUUUUAGAGUGACAACCAUACAUGGUUCGAAAUCUCAGGAGCAAAGAGAACAAGCUUUGAAUAAUUUGCGCAGUGGAAAGGCUCAUAUCUUGAUUGCUACGAAUGUAGCUGCUAGGGGUAUUGAUAUUCCAAAUGUAUCUUUGGUCGUUAAUUAUCAGAUGCCUCUCAAAUUUGAAGACUAUAUACAUAGAAUUGGUAGAACUGGUCGUGCAUCUCAAAAAGGUACUGCUGUUACUCUCUUGGGUAAUGAAGAAGAUAGUCAGAUUAUUGAGGAGCUGUAUAGGUAUAUGAAAGAGCAUGACGUAACAAAAUCAAAUAACUUUCCUAAUUCUAUCUUAAAAUUAUAUGAUCUUGUAAAUCACACAGACAUGAGGGACAAUAUUAUAUAUUAA